UUCUCUCACAAGAGAGAGAGAGAGAGAGAGAGAGAGAGCGAGCAGAACAGAAGAAGAAGAAGAGGAAGACCUGGUUCUGAUCUUCAAUCUUAAGGCCGUGUUUGGAUCGUGUGUUUUGUUAAGUUUCUGGGCUUUCUUGUUGUGUUGGCCCCCACCUGGGAUUGGGUUGUCUGAUUAGGUAAGGAUUUCAAGCACAAGGCUUUCUAUCCUUGCUGUUGGUCACCAAUCUCUAGAGGACUCGGUGGUGAAGCAAUGGUUCAUCAACUCUGAGUUUCUGGCUGUUCCAGUGGAAUAUAACUUGCGCUCCUGUAUUGAAGACAUAUCUAACAUCUGGGGAUUUUUGCAUGCCAGAGUAAAUGUCGUUUCGCAGCAUAGUUCGCGAUGUAAGAGAUGGGUUUGGAAGUUUAUCAAGACGAAGUUUUGAGGUGAGAUUGACAGGCCAUCACAGGGGAAAAUCACAUGGUUCAGUCCAUGAGCUGCAUGACCAACCUCUUGUAAUCCAGAAUAGUCGCUGGGCUAGCCUCCCUCCUGAACUACUCCGAGAUGUAAUAAAAAGGUUGGAGGCUAGUGAGAGUGUGUGGCCUGCUCGCAAGCAUUUUGUUGCCUGUGCUUCAGUGUGCAGGUCAUGGAGGGAAAUGUGCAAAGAAAUCGUCAAAAGUCCUGAAUUUUCUGGGAAAAUUACUUUCCCACUUUCCCUGAAGCAGCCAGGAUCUCGGGAUGGAACAAUCCAGUGCUUUAUUAAGAGGGACAAAUCUAAUUUAACCUACCACCUUUACUUGUGCCUUAGUCCUGCCUUGCUCGUUGAAAAUGGAAAAUUUCUUUUGUCUGCUAAGCGAACACGAAGAACUACUUGCACAGAGUAUGUGAUCUCCAUGGAUGCUGAUAACAUAUCAAGAUCAACUAACAAAUACAUUGGGAAACUGAGGUCCAAUUUUUUAGGCACCAAGUUCAUUAUAUAUGAUACCCAACCUCCAUACAACAAUGCUCAGCUCUCCCCACCUGGCCGAAGCCGUCGGUUUAACUCAAAAAAGGUUUCUCCCAAGGUGCCUACUGGCAGCUACAACAUUGCACAAGUCACAUAUGAGUUGAAUGUGCUCGGCACUAGGGGUCCACGCAGGAUGCACUGCAGCAUGCACUCAAUCCCUGCCUCAUCCCUUGAGCCUGGUGGCUCUGUCCCAGGCCAGCCUGAGCUUCUCCAGCGCUCCCUUGAGGACUCAUUCCGGAGCAUUUCCUUCUCAAAAUCAAUUGAUACUUCAACUGAGUUCAGCAGUGCUCGAUUUUCUGAUAUUGGGGGGUCAUCACGUUAUGAAGCGGAGGGAAAAGAGAGGCCAUUGGUUCUUCGGAACAAGGCACCGAGAUGGCAUGAACAGUUGCAGUGUUGGUGCCUAAACUUCCGGGGGCGGGUGACUGUUGCCUCAGUCAAAAACUUUCAGUUGAUAGCUGCAACGACACAAUCUACUGCUGGUGCACCAACACCCUCACAGCCCCCGCAGCCAGCCCCAUCAGACCACGACAAGGUCAUACUUCAGUUUGGUAAAGUUGGCAAGGAUAUGUUUACAAUGGACUACCGGUAUCCUUUGUCUGCAUUUCAAGCCUUUGCGAUCUGCUUGAGUAGCUUUGACACCAAAUUAGCAUGUGAAUAGAAGAGAUUACGUCAAGAAAUAGAAUGUUGUAAUUGGUUUCUUUUUCAUCUUUUCUAGGACCUUUCAUAGGUUGUUUGUUGUAUCAAAAGCCACUGCAGAACAAAAUCAGUGCACCACUAGUGGGAGGGGCCUCUCUCCCUGGUCAUCUUUUUUGUUUUUAGUUUCUUAUUUUAAUUUUUUUCCUCUCCUGUCAAGACUUUGUUGUUCUAUUAUAUGCUGUGAAGUGAAACUUUGUAGAUUAGGUUCUCUAAUCGGCUGGAA